AUGGGUGAUGAUGGCGCAUUAGAUGACAUCAUCACACCUUAUGACACUGAGGUGGACCAAAUCUCUGUCAACCCUGGGAAACAAAGGUUUGAGAAGCUGAUCAGUGGGGUGUAUUUAGGAGAAAUUGUCCGCCAAGUUCUACUGGAUUUAACCAGAAGAGGUUUGCUUUUUAGAGGACGUGUCACAGAACCUUUAAAAACACCUGGAAUAUUCCAAACCCAAUACCUGUCACAAAUAGAGAGUGAUCGCCUGGCUCUACUGCAGGUCAGAUCCAUUCUCCAGAAGCUGGGACUUGACAGCACCUGUGAUGACAGCAUCAUUGUCAAAGAGGUGCAACAUGGAAAACUAAUGAGCAAUGCUAAGAGUCAGACAUGGUGUCCUUUUGCUGCUGUGCCACUGUUUUGGCUUAUCUGA